AUGGCUCUUCUAGCUGAGAGUGAACCUGUUAGCUUUGAUGAAGCAAUUACCAAUGACAUAUGGAAGCUUGCAAUGAAGGAAGAACUUAGCUCCAUAGAAAAGAAUAAGACUUGGGAGAUUGCUGUUUUGCCACCUGAAAAGGUUCCCAUUGCAGUUAAAUGGGUGUUUAAGGUGAAGCUUAAACCUGAUGGAACAAUUGCCAAGCACAAAGCUAGGCUUGUUGCCAAAGGUUUCAUGCAGAAAGAGGGCUUAGACUACUCAGAGGUCUUUGCUCCUGUGGCCAGACUUGAGACUGUGAGGAUCAUCAUAGCUAUUGCUAGCUAG